CCCAAAGAGUAGGGAUAAAGUGCAGUGCCCACAGCUUUGGAAUGAGUAAAACUUCUCAGGAGGUAUAAAAGGUCGGCUGCCCUGUCUGGCAGGUGCUCUGCUGACAGCAGCCUUCCUGCUAUAGCUCAACUCCUCACACGGACCCAAGCAAAAAAGAAGAGUAACCAAGGAAAAUCUGUCCACAAUGCCACAAAAUGUUAUUCUCCAAGGACCGUCACCCUGGGGAUUCAGGCUCUCAGGAGGAAUAGAUUUUAACCAACCCUUAAUCAUAACCAGGAUUACACCUGGAAGCAAGGCUUCAGCCGCCAACCUGUGUCCUGGUGAUGUUAUUAUAGCUAUUGAUGGUCUAGGCACAGAGAACAUGACACACAAUGAUGCCCAGGAGAGAAUUAAAGCAGCUACACAUCAGCUUUGUUUGAAAAUAGAGAGGGCAGGAACUAAAUUAUGGUCCCCACAAGUUUCAGAAGAUGGCAGAGCACAUCCCUUCAAGAUAAAUUUGGAAGCUGAACCUCAGGAUAUCAACUACUUUGAACACAAGCAUAAUAUUCGGCCCAAACCUUUCAUAAUCUCAGGCCGAAGCAGCGGAUGCAGCACUCCUUCGGGGCUGGACUGCGGCAGUGGGCGCAGCACCCCCUCCUCAAUCAGCACGGUCAGCUCCAUCUGCCCCACCGAGCUGAAAGCCGUGUCUAAGAUGGCCCCUAAUGUUCCCCUGGAGAUGGAGCUCCCCGGGGUCAAGAUCGUACACGCUCAGUUUAACACACCUAUGCAGUUGUACUCAGAUGACAAUAUCAUGGAAACACUGCAAGGCCAAGUUUCUACAGCUCUGGGGGAAACACCUGUCAUAAGUGACCCAUCUCCCAACUCGGUGUCUCAGUCUGACGUGUACAAGAUGCUGCACGCCAACCAGGAGGAGCCCAGUCAGCCGCGCCAGUCUGGCUCCUUUAAGGUGCUCCAGAAUUUAGUCUCCGAGGAAGAUGGGCGCCCUGUGGGAACAAGAAGUGUGAAAGCACCUGUAACAAAGAUGCCUACUGCCAUGCCUGGUGUCCAGAAAGUGCCACUGUGUGACAAAUGUGGGAGUGGGAUUCUAGGGACAGUGGUGAAGGCACGUGACAAGUACAGGCAUCCAGAAUGCUUCGUGUGCUCUGACUGCGACCUCAACCUGAAACAAAAAGGUUACUUCUUUGUGGAGGGACAGCUCUACUGUGAAGCUCACGCACGUGCCCGCAUGAGGCCACCGGAGGGAUACGAAACAGUCACGGUUUACCCAAAAUGCUAGUCUUGGCUUAAAUCACAAUCACAUGCAUGCACACUAAAAGCCUUUUACCAGCUUAGAACCGCAGUACAAGUGUCAGGACUUCUGCCUAAAUCCAAAGUAGCUUUUAAACCUUUCCCUGUGGGAUUCUGAGAGAGGUGGAAGUCCUUAUUAGCCAGCGAUAGCACAUUAUACCAGCAAAAUUCUGCUAAAAUACUGUUUUUGAAACUGUCAAUGUAACUCAAGGAAGUAUAAACUAAAACAGCUCAAUAUAACUCAAGGAAGAAUAAACAGCUCUCCUGGAAUACAAAAACUGAAACAGCUGAGGUAUUAC